GCACUAGCAGUAAAUAAAUAUUCGUAUUUAUUACAGUCGGUCUAGGUGAUCCUGUGUUGUGCGAUUUUUUUAGAAUUUAUUAAACUCUAGAAAUCAUGGCAGCCUACUACUGGGUUGACUCUGAAACACGAUCAGUUUUUCCAACCACAGCCAUAGAAGGGGGCAGAGAUCUUGACGGUUCCACGUUGUAUGUAGGUAGAGCUUACCACGAAGGAGAUUGGAUACCUGCAAAGAUUAUUCCUCAAAAGCACGCAGCCUACGUUUCUUAUGGUGGACUCGAACAUUUAAAAACACGAUAUCAGGUUCUAUGUCAACAGCGAUUCGACUGGGUGCCGUCACAUGAUGGACUGAUACCUCCAGGUGCCGUAGAAGGUGGAAGAACCAGGUCGGGUGAAAUUCUCUACGUCGGUAGAGCUUAUCAUAAAGGAGCACCUACCAUAGGCAAGGUUCAUCCUAGCCACAGGACCUGUUACAUACCUUUCGAUGGAAAAGAGAUUCCUUACAGACAGUAUGAAAUUAUGGUGCUAAGAUCAUAAGACAAUUAUUUUUUUUACGUUAAAGAGAACGUUCUUCAAUAUUAACAUUAAUCGAUUAUGAUGCAACUAAGUUUAUUCAAGAAGAUGAAAUAUAAUGAAUAAAUUGCUUUGCUUAUAAAUUAAAAAUUUGGGAAUUACUUUAUUUAUUUUGAAUUUUUGCAGUAAUAGUGCAUGGUUCCACUUUUUUGUUUCCACAAUAAACAGGAAAACUGCAGGUAUAACCUGUACUUAUUUUUUUUAUUCAGUACCUAUUUAAAAAAAACUGUAUUCCAUAAAAUAGUUUGUAAGUUUAACUGUAUUUACUUUCUCAUAUCGAUAAUACACAAGUGGAUAACUGAAAA